AAACCCCAGGCCCUGCGGGGCGGGCGCCCCAGGAGGGUGCUGGCGGGGCGAGGGGCGGGCGCUCAGGGCGCGGCCGGCGGCUACUCGUGGGCCGCACUGGGCCGGGGGUGCCCUCCCUCCGCCUCUUCCUCCGCGGGCCGGGCCGGGCCGGGGCGGAGCAGGGCGGCGGCAUGGCGGGCAGGCGGGCCGGGGCCGGGACCGGGGUCUGGACGCUGCUUGCGCUGCUGGCGCUGCGGGCGCUCGGCGCCGCGGCGCACCCGCAGUGCCUGGACUUCAGGCCGCCCUUCCGGCCCCCGCAGCCGCUGCGCUUCUGCGCGCAGUACUCGGCCUUCGGCUGCUGCGCUCCGGAGCAGGACGCGGCGCUGGCCCGGCGCUUCGGGGCCCUGGCGGCGCGCGUGGACGCCGCGAUUUGGGCCGAGUGCGCCGGCUACGCGCUUGACCUGCUGUGCCAGGAAUGCUCGCCGUAUGCGGCCCACCUCUACGACGCAGAGGAUCCAUCCACGCCCCUGAGGACUGUGCCCGGGCUCUGCGAGGACUACUGCCUGGACCUGUGGCAGUCGUGCCGGGGCCUCUUCCGCCACCUGUCGCCCGACCGCGAGCUCUGGACGCUGGAGGGCAACCGCGCCAAAUUCUGCCGCUACCUGUCCCUGGACGACACGGACUACUGCUUCCCGCACCUGCUGGUCAAUGAGAACCUCAACUCCAACCUGGGCCGUGUGGUGGCCGAUGCCAUGGGCUGCCUGCAGCUCUGUCUGGAGGAGGUGGCCAAUGGGCUGCGCAACCCCGUGGCCAUGGUCCACGCCCAGGACGGCUCCCACCGCUUCUUCGUGGCCGAGCAGCUGGGGCUGGUGUGGGUCUACCUGCCUGAUCGCUCGCGGCUGGAGAAGCCCUUCCUGAACAUCAGCCGGGCCGUGCUCACCUCGCCCUGGGAGGGUGACGAGCGGGGCUUCCUGGGCCUCGCCUUCCACCCCAGCUUCCGGCACAAUGGCAAGCUCUACGUCUACUACUCAGUGGGUGUGGGCUUCCACGAGUGGAUACGCAUCAGUGAGUUCCGGGUCUCCGAGGAUGACAUGAACGCUGUGGACCACGACUCGGAGAGGAUAAUCCUGGAGAUCGAAGAACCAGCCUCGAACCAUAAUGGGGGCCAGCUGCUCUUUGGGGAUGAUGGGUACCUCUACAUCUUUACUGGAGAUGGCGGGAUGGCUGGAGACCCCUUUGGAAAGUUUGGAAAUGCCCAAAACAAGUCGGCGCUGCUGGGCAAGGUGCUGCGCAUCGACGUGAACCGCAACGAGCGCGGCCCGCUCUACCGCAUCCCGUCCGACAACCCAUUCGUGGGCGACCCUGCCGCGCGCCCAGAGGUCUACGCCCUCGGGGUGCGCAACAUGUGGCGCUGCUCCUUCGACCGCGGCGACCCGGCGUCGGGGGCGGGCCGCGGGCGCCUCUUCUGCGGCGACGUGGGCCAGAACAAGUUCGAGGAGGUGGACCUGGUGGAGCGCGGCCGCAACUAUGGCUGGCGCGCCCGCGAGGGCUUCGAGUGCUACGACCGCAAGCUGUGUGCCAACACCUCCCUCGAUGUUGCGCUGCCGAUUUUCGCCUACCCGCACCGACUGGGCAAGUCGGUCACUGGGGGCUACGUGUACCGGGGCUGCGAGUACCCGAACCUGAACGGCCUCUACAUUUUCGGAGACUUCAUGAGCGGACGUCUGAUGUCCCUCCGAGAGAACCUGGGGACAGGCCGGUGGCGGUACAACGAGAUCUGCAUGGGCCGUGGCCAGACCUGUGCGUUCCCGGGCCUCAUCAACAACUACUAUCCACACAUCAUCUCCUUCGCGGAGGACGAGGCCGGGGAGCUGUACUUCAUGUCAACGGGCGUGCCGAGUGCCACAGUGGCACGUGGGGUUGUCUACAAAGUGAUCGACCCCUCCAGACGGGCACCACCCGGCAAGUGUCAGAUCCAAGCCGCCCACGUGAAGGUCCGGGGCCGCCUCAUCCGCUUCGUGCCCAAAGAAAAGUUCAUCCGGAGGAUGGAGAGCACCCCGCGGCCCACGGCGCCCGCGCCCACCAAGGCUCCCCGCCGCAGCCGCCCCACGACCCCUCCACUUGCGCCCACCCUGCGGCCGGCACGACCCACCCCGCGGCCCGGGCGCCGUCGGGGCGGCGGGCGGCGGCGGGGACGGCUGGGCACCGCGGUCCCCGAGCCCUCGAACGGCGCCGUGCGCCUGGUGCGGCCCCCGGGCCUGAGUCCAGGCCGCGGGCGUGUGGAGGUGUUCGCGGGUGGACGUUGGGGCACCGUGUGCGAUGACGCCUGGGACACCAAGGGCGCUGCCGUCGUGUGCCGCCAGCUGGGCUUCGCGUACACCGUGCGGGCCGCCAAGCGUGCCGAGUUCGGCGAGGGCCACACGCUGCCCAUCCUGCUGGACGACGUGCGCUGCACAGGCAGUGAACGCAACCUACUGGAGUGCGCGCACGCCGGCCUGGGUUCCCACAACUGCGACCACCAGGAGGACGCCGGCGUCGUGUGCAGCCGCGAGAACCCCGAUCUGUAGGCGAGCAUCGUCUGUCUGUCUGGCCAGCCGGGCUCUCCAUUGUGCGUCCAGAGCCCGUCCAACCUGUGCGCGCCUGGUGCGUGCGCCCGAGUCUGAGGGUGGGGGGAACGUGGGGGGUGGCCUAGGGGUGGCCCAUCUGUAAUGCUGUCCUGUGGUGCGUGCAGUGCACGCGUGUUCUUUGUGUGUUCCUGCCCACGUGGCUGUGAAACCCCGCAGCGCAGUGUGUGCUGGGGCCCGUGUGGCCCCUGUGGCCGUGUGGUUGCAGCCUGAGGUGUUCUUUGCUUACCUCCAGGCACCUCAAGCAGCGGCAGGAGCACAGUCUGGUGGAGCCCUGAGCACUGCGGGCAGCUGCCCUUCAAGGGCAGACAUGACCUCACUGCACUAACAGAGGCACAGCCGGCGGGUGGAGGGAGGGGACCAGGCCUGCCCUGCCCACGGUGGGGAGUGGAAGGCCCCAGACCAGCUGGAGCACGGCUUGAGGAACGUGGCCCAAAGGGCGUGGACCGGUGGCCUGGCAGUCAGGGUUGGUGAAGAGAGCACGAAGGCAUCUAGUAGGGGCCAAGGGAAGUCAUCAGACUGAUGGGUCCAGGGUGACCCCUGGGCUGUGGCUGUCCCAGCGAGGGUCAGGCUGCCUAGGAGAAGCGAGUGCCGGGGUGGGCUGGCAGGGAUUACUGGAUGACUUCCGGGAGAAGCCUUCUGGGCCUCAGCAUCACGCAGGACCCAGCCACUCCGAGCACCACGGUCGCUGGUGAGGCUUCAGAUUUCUCCACUUCCGAGCCGGUGCCAGGGCCACCUCUGUCACCUCCAUUCCCCACCCACCCUGUUCAGUGAGAUCCCAGGGAACCCUCUGCCUCCUCAACCCAACCCCGGGGGCCGACCGGGCUGCGGACCCAGUGAGACCACUGGUGCUCUGUCACCCAGUGCUGUGCCAACAGCACGACUGUUUACAAACCCCCUUCCUGCCUCUUUUCUCUGACUCACACCUGCCUGGAAGCGGAGGGAGGGGGUGGGAGAAGGGGGCUGGGUCUGCAGCCUCUGUCCUGCUCACAGGUGGAAGUUCCUUUGCCCACUAAGGGCCUCAGCCUUGGCUCAUGCCAGGCCGGUCAAGGGGCAUCAAGUAUGGCUGGGCUCAGCCUCUGAUAGGGGGCCAGGGAGGGGAAGCAGAUAGAUGGUCACCGGGCAGUGAGGACCGGAUAUGGCCCGUGUCGGGGGCGCGGGGGAGGGCUCUGGGUGGGGCAUCCCAACCCAACCUGGGUGUUGUCCUGGGAGUUGAGCUGGCACUAGGGAUGGUGUGCCUGGCAGAGGAAAUGGUGCGGGCAGAAGCCUGUCGGGGUCUCCCAGCUGCUCACUGAAGCUGAGUGUGGAGUAUGAAGCUGCAGAAAAAAGCUUUAGGGUCACCCUCUCGAACUCCCCCCUACCUCUGCCCUAAGUGGGGUGGGCGAGGGACCCAGACCCUUGUGGCUCCUCUAACCCUGUUGAGCCCCGCGUGCAAACCACAAUUAACCCUGCCACUGACUGUGGCCUGUGUGCUGGGCACCGUCGUAAGAACGGUGCCGCAUACCUGAAGUCAUUCAAUCCCCGCAACAGCCCUCUUCCUCCCCUUUUACAGAUGAGGAAACCGAGGUGCACAGAGCUUUAUAUCUUAGCUGAGAUCACCCAGCCAGGGAGGGGGAAGCCAAAUUUGAACACGAGCUGGCUAGCCCUAGCACCCGCCAGGUGUAUAACCACUGAACCCCCUGGCUAUACCCGCAGAAAGUCUCAGCAUGGCCCAGGGCCCCUGCCCGCUGUAGGCUGCCAGCCUUGCUGGGAAAUAGCUGAUGGAGACCCCCGUGGGUCCCUUCUGCCAAGCAGGUGGCUGUGCCACCUCCCACUGCCCAGGGGUGGUUGACUGGGCAUCUUCCAGGUCGCUGGGACAUCUGGAAUUGUUAGGAGCUGGGAGGCCCGUGGGGACCAUCCAGGCCAAACUCCUCACUGUGCUGAUGGGGAAAUGAACCUGGGAGGCUGAGUGUCCCAGGCCUUUGGUCAGAUGGGGCCGAGCUAAGACUAGAGCCCAGGGAAGGCGGGGUGGCCCUCGGGGCCCUCAGAGCGGAAGGGCCAGGGCUGUUGGUCCCUCUGGCUUAGAGGUGGGGUAUGGCUUUUAGCAGCCUCUGCCUCCUCUUCCUAGGGCUCCUCUGUGCUCUUUCCUGCCCCUCCCCACCCUGUGGAGCCCCCUUCCUCAGUUCAAGGCCUGGAGGACAUGAUGCCACAAGGCAGGGCCUGGGAGGUGGGCACCUCCCACUGCACCUCAGCACCCACAGCCUGGGCCCACCAUCUGGGGCCCGUGGCACUUUCCCCAAGUGGCAAGGGGGAGUGGUCCAGCCCUCCACUGGGCCCUGAGUGUCACUGUUGUUUGUUGGGGCAAGUAGGGGAGGUCCCAGGCCCCAUCACUCCUCUGGGCAGUGCUGGCCUUGGCCCGUCAGUGUUGCAGGAAGGGUGCUUCCCCUCCCAUCACCCCUCAGGCUCCAAAUAAGGCUGAGGCUGCGGCCUGACUCCUGAGAAUGAGGCUCACAGAGACACACUGCUGCUUUACUAGUAAUAAUAAGGGCAGGUGGCUGACAUCGGCUGAGCACUUACUAUGCCAGGCACUGUUCUAAAGGCUUUACAUAUUAGGCACUCUUUAAUCCUUGUAUUAACUCUAUGAGGUAGGUGCUAGGGUCACCCUCCCACCCAUUUUACAGAUGUGGAAGCUGAGGCCCAGGGGCCCUUAGUUACUUGUCAGAUGUCACACAGCCAAUAUUAGAAAUCAGGCAGCCCGGCUCUGGAGCCCCAGCUGUGUGCUGUCACGCUGUGCUACCUCAAGAGCACUGAAUUCAGUGUCCCCCUCGUUGGGCCCCAUCAUUGUGCAGAUGGGGACACGGGCCCAGGGAGGGGCAGGGCUAGGCGCAGACUCCCUGCCCCGUGCUCCUUUCACUCCACCACCAGCCUCGGAAAGCCAAGGGAGCAGUCACAAGUGACUCUGUCCCCAGGGACUUUGAUCCUGCCUCUGAGUCCUCUAAAGUCGCUGGGGAUGGAGGCUAGUCUGGGCCAAGGCUCUCCAUGCUCCCUAUAGGCCUCUGCCCUCACUGCCUCGAAUCUGGCCUCCAGCCAGCAGCUAGAGUGAUCUCUCAGAACCUGCCCAGAGAGGGACUGCCUCUGCCCAGCGUCACACAGCUUAGUUCUGGAGCCCUUGGAGCCACCGCUGCAGGGAUGUCCCAGGUGUGGCCCUGCACCCAGGACUGCAUCCAUGGUGUCAGCCUCAGGUAACAACACUCCAGGUCUCUGGCUGGGCCUCACUGGUUCCCUGUUCACCUGCAUCCCUCUGGCAAGCCUCAGCUGGGCUGGGCCCUAGGUGGCCACUUUUCUCCUCUGAUGACAGGAAAGACCCACUGUCCCUGGCAGCCCUGACAGCUUCAGUCUGUGGCUGAAGGCAACCAAGCUAGGGAGCAACCUUCAGCUCCCCAAGGCAUUCCUAUGUUUACGCUUUGCAAAUGCUUGGCUGGGAGACAACGACUGGGAUGUUAGGGGUCCAGCCUUGACUGUGUGACCUUGGCAAGGUCACUUAACCUCUCUGAGCCUCAUUGGAAAACAGAAGUAAUCAGCAGGAUUAUUGGAAGAAAAAUGAGGUAACAUUUACAAACAUGCCCAGGACGUUCUGUAUUGUUUCUGGACAGAAAGCUCAGUAGCAGGCUGUUGGCGCCCACAUUGGCAGCUGCCAACUGCACAAGACAGGGCGGGAGGGGCAUGCCAGGUAGAGGGACCAGCAUUAGAAUGACCCAGGGACAAAUCCUCAAAAUGGGAGGAAGAUGAGCCCCUUCAGCUAACAUGUAGAACCCACAUCUUUUUUUUUUUUUUUUGCGGUACGCGGGCCUCUCACUGUU